AUGAGAACGCGUCGUAACGCGUGCACCAAGAAAGCCGCCACCGAACGUCGUGCUAAAAAACUCAUUGAAAUAUAGAGCUCCGCGUUCGAAUAGAAAAAUGGAAACAAUGUCAAAUCCGUAUCCGAGAAAAAUGCACGACACUUAUGAGGACGAAGAGGAAAGGAAGCAUUUUCAACGAAUUGUCUCGGCUUUCAAAUAUUACAAAACCCAUUCAUUGUCAAGGGUAAAAAAAACAGAAUCAUAUUUGCUGACACUUCCACCUCAUCAUCAAAAACUCUUGUCAAAAUAUAAAGAACAUCUGCAAGAAGUUAAAAGAUGUAUCGAAAAUAAUGAUGAAAUAAUUAAGAUGAUCAUAAAAGAUGUUGCCCAUAUCUUUGAAAAUGUGAGCCCAGCUAGUGCACAGACAGACAGUACACUAAAUCCUCGUCCAGUAAUGGCUGAUCAAGAAAAGGUGCAAGCAACGAUUAAACAACUGGUUCGCGAUUGGAGCGUGGAGGGGACUGAAGAACGUAACGCGUGUUAUCAACCUAUUAUAGAUGAAAUACUAAAUCAAUUUCCUUUAGAAUACUGUACACCAUCUGAAGUGCAAAUUUUAGUACCUGGAGCAGGAUUAGGAAGACUUGCAUACGAAAUUGCAAGACGAGGAUAUAUUUGCCAAGGAAAUGAAUUUUCCCUUUUUAUGCUUUUUGCAUCACAUUUUGUGUUAAACAAAUGUAGGGGUGUAAAUUCAUAUCAAGUACAUCCAUGGGUUCAUCAGUAUAUGAAUAAUUUAAAACCAGAGCAUCAAAAUCAGGCUGUAUUUUUUCCCGAUGUAAACCCGAGCGAUCUACCAGAAAACGCUCAGUUUUCUAUGGCAGCUGGCGACUUUUUAGAGGUUUACACAGAAGACAAUCAUUGGGACUGUGUUGCAACGUGUUUCUUUAUAGAUUGUGCAAAUAAUGUUGUACAAUUUAUUGAAACAAUCUACAAGAUUCUAAAACCGGGAGGUAUAUGGAUCAAUCUUGGACCAUUAUUGUACCAUUUCAGCGAUAUGCCAAUGGAAGACUCAAUAGAACCAAGUUACGAUGUUGUUCGCGAUGUGAUUCAGGGAUUUGGGUUUCAGUUAGAAAAGGAAGAAACACGCGUGAGAACGCGUUACGCACAGAAUAUUAACAGUAUGUUACAAUGUGAAUAUAAUAGCGUGUAUUUUGUUUGUCGAAAGCCUAAAAGACGCAUAGACAAUGACGUGAGUCAUCGAAAUGGUUCUGAAAGUAAUGGAAUGCAGGAACAAGAGAACUAAUUAUUGACGACCCGAUGUGUUCCACUCGUAAGAAAAAUUGAUCUAACUGUAAAUGCAUUAUGUAAUAGUUUCUAUACUACAAAAGCAAAGCUGUUAUACUUUAUAAAUAUAAAUCGAUAUUAGGCAAUUUGGGGUUUGAAAAAAGAAAGAAUCUUUUAAAAGGCAGUUAAAGAUUAAAUUGAUAUUUUUUUAUCAGAAAAUUUUAUUUCAUUACAACUCACUGCUGAAUAUAUUCGCUUCAUUGUUAAGAAUUAAAUAAUAAAGUAGUAGAAUUAUUUUCGUAAAUGUCGACACAAGUCGAUUUGAAUCCAAUAUAUAAAUAAAUUUUUGAUAAUAACAGUUUUGCGAUUUUUCUUUUGAGUUCAAUAUUUGUGAUUUAGCAUAAUCAUUAAACGUUUAUUGUUUCCAUUAUUUAUCAAAUAUCGUGAUAAUAUGAAAUAAAGCAAACUAGAUUUGGUUGCAUGUAUAUAUAAUAUGCAAUGUUCCCCGUUCGAGAUGCUCUCUUCCAUUUGCUUUAUAGAGGAUUUUCAUUUAUUAAUGAUUAACAGAUGCAUCUUAUCAAAAAAUACAUGUUAGUUACAAAUUUUUACAGAAACCAGUGUUGCCUUAUCCAGUUUUGUCUCAAAUUGACGAAUGUUAGUACUGUAAAAGAAGAUGCAAUUUCAAAAUUUCAGUGUUUUUGUUUUGUGAUCGAUACUUUCUUCUGCGUUCUUUUCAAUUAUGUAUUUUUCCAAGAUAAAAAGAAAGUCGCACAAAUUUCAAUAUCUAUUUCACGAUAAUUUAGACGAAUGUUAUGUUAUUACAAAAAGCAAAUUCAUGUUGCAAAGCAAAAGAUUACUUUGCAAUACAGAAUACAUGCAGGCCAAAAAUAAUUAUAAAAUAAGUUAGGCCUAACAAUGUAAUUAAUAUAAUUUUUUAUUAAAAACAAUAUGCAAUGAAAAAUUUGAUUAAUGUGUAAUUACCUCUUUAAAAAUAUUAUAAUAUUUUCAAAGCACUUAUGGUACAAAAAUAGAUAGUGGAAAGAUGAUAUCAAUGUGUUUUCCUCUUUACAGACUUUUAUUUAGGUAUUGUACAAACAAUGUUACAAUUUGAUUGACCUCAAAUUGUUGCAUUUUACUAUAAGUUAGAAAUUGUCUUCGUAAUCUCAUAAGUUGAGCUGCUGUACAUGGACUUUGUACAGUUAAAUUAUGUCCUGGUAUUUUAAAAUCAUUUUCGAUACCCAACUGUUUGGCUGAUAAUAUUGCCUUUUUAUAUUGAAAACAAAAAAGAACAUGUAAAUUAAUUUAUCAUAAGUAUACACUUAUGAUUUCUAAUACUUUGUAGUGUCAUUCUAAACGAUUUAUUAUGGUUAUUUAGCAAAUAAAGAUCUUUAAACAACUUA